AGUAGUCACCAUUAUAUAAAAACACAAAUAUUUACAUUUUUUAUUUUACCUAGUAUGUACGUCAAUAUACUAAAAAGAUAAGUAAUAUAUUAUGAUUCUUAUAUAUUUUAGGUAAUCUUCACUAACUCAACAUGUUUCAUAAUAUUAGUGUUUGCUAAUUGUAAAUUCAAGUAUAGUUUUUAGUUUUUUCUAUAUUUAAUUUAAUUAGCAAAAUACAAUCAUGGUUUUAACUAUAGCAUUGGUCCACAUAUUCCAGCAACCAUUUCAAACAAUUAAAACAUGUUAUAAUCAAAUUAGACAAAAGGACGAGGUUGUUAAAAUUUCAGAAUUAAUUGAUGAACAUAUUGAUGAUCAUGGAUUUGAAUACACAAAACAUAGGUUGGUCUGUCAUAAUAUUAUUCCUCAAGUAUUAAGACGUGAUGAAGCUUUACAUGUUCCGGAAUUUAUUAUUGAAGAAGAAUGUUGGUAUGACGAAAAAGGUCAAAAAUUUUGGGCAAGAACCAGGAAUUUAAGUUGGUCAGAAAUAGCCACUUUAUCAAAUAUAAUUACAUUAUCCAUUACACCAAAUCCAACAUGGACAAAGUAUGAAAUUGAUAGUAUAACAGAUUUUUUCGGCACUCAACCUCAUGGAGUUGGGUAUGCAAUUGAGUAUUUUUUAAAAAAAUAUUCAGAAAAAAAAUUAUUGGAACAUAUUAAAAUAAUUGAACAAGAAUGUUUGAAAAAUAAUACAGAAAUAUAAUUAUUUUUGAUAAUAAAAAACAAUGGUGUAGUUGUGGAUAACUUUAAUGUAAGUUUAUAUAUUUUAAAUUUAUGACUUGUGUAGAGGACCAAUUAGAAUAUAUAUUA